AUGGCGGACGAAGGCCAGUAUUGCCUCAAGAAGAAAUACGGCCGAGGCGUUGGCUACCCUUGGAAGUUUGGCGACAGUCUCAAUGACGUCGCCAUGUUCAAACGUUGCGAAAAAGACAACGGCGGCCCUGGCACGUGCGAGAAGAAUGGACUUGUUGUGUACCCGAAAUGCGAAGUGGGGUACUCCUCCACUGGCUGCUGCAUCUGCAGCCCCACUGCAACAGACUGCGAGAAGCUUGGCCUUGCCGACAGAUCCGACGUGUCUUGUACAAAGAAAGUCAUCAUCGGGAGGCGCCAUCCGCGCACGUGUGCGCCGAACGAAGAGCUUAGCGCUGGGCUGUGCUACGAAAAGUGCUUGAAGGGCUUCCAUGAUUCCUGCGCGUAA